AUGGAUUCAGAUAAUAAUGUUCCUACUGCUAAUAAUAAUAAUUCGUCUUUGGAAGAAAGUGUAGUUCUGUCUACAACAUUUCCAAUUUGUGCUCCUUCGACAGAAAUUGAUACUACGAUAUCUACUACACCUAAAAUAAGAUUAUCAAAAGUUGAAUAUAUUCAACGAAAAUCUGAACGAGAAGCAAAAAAGGCAGAAGAACAAGCAAUUAAAGCAGAGAAAAAACGUCUUGCAGAAGAAUUAAAAGCAAAAAAAGCUGCAGAACUUCAAUUAGAAAAAGCACGUAAAGCGGAAGAACUUCAAUUAGAAAAAGCACGAAAAGCAGAAGAACUUCAAUUAGAAAAAGCACGAAAAGCAGAAGAACUUCAAUUAGAAAAAGUUCGUAAAGCUGAAGAAAAAGCUCGAAAAGAAGCAGAAAAUGCAAAUAAAAAAGCUGAACAAAUACAAAAAAAAGAACAAAAACAAGCAGCAGCACAAAAACAAGAAUUACUUCAUAAACAAAUGGCAACUUAUAUGAAUAGAUUUUUUAAACCAAUUGAUAAACCUUCACAAAAAGAUGGUCAAACAUCAACAACAAAUAUUAAUAAUAUUGUUCAACGAUGUACAGAUAUUUUUGAUCAACUGGUUUCGAAACAGGAUAUUAGUUUUGUAUCGGAUAUAAUUGAAAAUAUAAAAUCAAUGAAAAAAAUUGAUAUUGAAAUUAAUUUACGUCCACGUUUGAACAGUGAUUCGAAUAGUAGUCUUAUAACGCUUACAGCAACAACUGCAAGUAAUCCAUAUGUAUUAAAAACUCGAUAUAUUCAUUUUCCAGAAAAAUAUUUUAAUCGUCCACCAUACUAUGGAACAUUUAAAAAAGCUUUAAAUGUUAAUAUUAAUCCAUUACAACCAGAAGCAUCUAUUGAUAAUGUUGAUUAUACAGUUGAUUCCGAAGGUGAAUGGGAAGAACCAUGUAAAGAUGGUGAAGAACUUCGUUCGGAUGCUGAUGAUUUAAGUGAUUUAGAAGUAAUGGAUAGUGAUAGUGAUACUGAUUCAUUUAUUGUACCACAUGGUCAUUUAUCAGAUGAUGAAUUAAAUGAAGAUGAACAACAACAAUCUAUAUCGACAAAACAAGCUCGUGAAGCAGCUAAAUCACAUGUAUGGGAUAAGAAAGUAGCACGUUUAAAUCAACAACGAGAAUUAAAACCUUUAUUUGGUUGUAUUUAUGAUCCAAUAUUAGAUGAAAAAACAAAAUUUGAAUUAUCAAAUUAUUUUCAUCAAUUUCAAAAAAUUCUUGUACCAAAAGAAAUUCUUCAACGUAUAGAACAAGAUGAUAAAGAACAAGAAGUUAAUGAUGAAAUAACAUCAAAGAAAGGCGUAUCAAGAAAAAAAUCAUUAAAUUCUAAAAAAGGUCCAACUACUACUACUGAUCAGCAACAAUCUUUGACAAAUAAUCCUUCAAUUACAACACCAACAGUUAAACGUACUGGUUCAAUAUCAAACAUAGUUGAAGGUGCAUCACCAUCAAAACGUCGUAAAAUGAAUUCAAAUGAAAAUUGUUCAAUAAUUGAUGACUCAAAUGUUAUUAUGACUGAUAUUGAAGGUAUAAAUACAAAUAAAACAAGUGUGCUAGAAGAUGCAAGUAAUGUUUCGGAUAUAAAAUCUUCUCCACUUACAAUUAUUUCAAAUGAUGAUGUUAAACUUGAUAGUACACCAAUAUGUACACUUCUUAUACCAAAACGAAAACAACCAUCUGCAUAA